AUGGAUUGUGCUGAAACUGAUCAUAAUGAAUACUAUUGGAUUAUGCAUGGCAUUUUCAUUGUAUCUCUUCCAAUAUAUUCGAUUGCAAUAAUUGCCCUUUUGCAAACAAAAUCUCCGUAUUUUGAAAAAUAUAAAUUGUUUUUGAUUUGGCACACUUCCACGAAUUUGUUAGCCGAGUUGUUAAACUCCUGGUUUUUGAUUCCAGUUGUUCAUGUGAAUCUUCCUAUUUUAAGAUUUACUGGAAUUCUGUCACAUUGGGGAUUUUCAGGAUUAUUUCAGUUUUUCGUAAUUGGCACUAUGAUAUACUUGACCGCAUACUCUGUACUUGAAAUGUUUAUGUUCCGUUUCCGUGCAAGUUUAUUCAACUAUAAAUCAACAUAUUUUUAUAUCUACUUAAAAGCUAAUAUAUAUCUCUUCCGAUUCGCAAUGUUAUGUUUUUUAACUUUGAAUAUUUGUACCUACAGUUUUGCAAUCGAUCAACAGACUGUGAACAAAUACAGUUUAUCAUUGAAGUUUCCCGAUGCACCUUCAAUUAUACUAUGCUAUACUGUCAUUGCAUCAGCUCCAUUUGCUGAUCCUGCGACAAUGUUCAAUGUUUUGAUAUGGUUGAGUGUGGUGAUUGUAACCUUGACAUCUACAAUUGCAACUACAGUAUACCUUCAGAGGAAUCUGAGAGAGAAUGAGCAUUAUUCGGAAACUGUUGUGAGAAUGCACAAAAUGCUUUUGAUUACAUUAUCCAUUCAGACUGCAAUUCACGGAAUCAUGUUAGGAAUUCCAAAUGCAUUAUUCAUUUUUGCCGCAUUUUUUGGAGUUCGCCAUGAAUCUGUUGCAAAACUUUCAUUCAUUUUUCUAACAACUCAUGGAUUAGCUUCAACUAUUGCAAUGGUCGUGCUCACAAAACCAAUCAAAAUUGCUGCUAUGGAACUUUUUAAAUGCAGAAGUGGCGAUAAAGUGGUGGAGACUGAUAAUAGAAGAAUGUCUAGAAAAUUAUAAUUUUAAUAUACUUUCUUUGUUUCCCCCCGAUUUAUUUUGUGCUGGCCAAUGUUUUUUGAUUAAAAAAAAUCAAUCCCAUCCAGGAACUUCUGCAACGUCACACGGAACAAAUGAACAUCACGGACAAAAAAUUCCUCAACAGAUGUUCACUGAAUGAUUUUUUCCUACGUUUCCUAUUGCAUUCAUUUGUUUCUCCAUCCUUAUUUGUGAAAUUUCAAUUGAAAAC